GAUUACGUCUACACUGAUUUCCAAUAGUAGUGCAGAUAUAGACAUGUGAACCAACAACCGUUUCAGUUAUUUAUAACUCUUCUAUUACCUUUUAUGUUUUAAAACGGUCAUCUUCUGGCAAUGAAUGAAAUAACAUUCACCACCAUAUCAGUGGCCUAAGAAGAAUUUUGCAACCUACACUGAUGUUAUUCUCUGUCAUCUGUUCUUUGACCAUGUGUUGCACUGCACUUGGAUGAUACACAAUGAUGAGCAUUUAUACAAAUGCAUGAUCUAUUUUGAUGCACAACAUUAUAAGCCAUAAAGUUUCAUAAACAUAUAUUAUUAAUUAGGCUUUAAAUAGAGGCACUUUUCUAUAAAAAAUAAAGUGGAAUAAAGAUUGGAUUGUGGCCUUGACUAUCUUUUGAUAUCUAGAUGUUGUUAUAAUGUGUGUUGGUGUGGAAGUUUGAUAUUAUGUGAGACAGUGACAUUUUGUUUUUAAAAAUAUGAAUUCAAUAAUGAUUCACACUCAAAAUUUAGUCAUGGAGGAUGUGAUUAAUAUAAGUGUUCCUCAAUUUUGAGUAUGAAUCACUAUUGAAUUCUAAACUAAAAAGAUUUAUGCACCAAAACAAGACUACAUAGGAGAAAAGAGUGUGAUGUAAAUAUCCUUUUUGGAUCUGCUGUAUAAAAAUAUGACACAUAAAGUUAUUCUAAGAUCAUAUGUAAGAGAGGUAAAACAACAACAACAACAUAUUUCUAAACUUGAUUCUGGCAUUUGACUAGUGACAUUACCAUUCAAAGAUUUUGGAAUUACUAUGUUGUUGUUUUUUUUUUGUAUUAUUAUUAUUAUUAUUAUUUAUUAUUUUAAAUUUUUUUAAGAAAUGUAUGCUUUUGUUUGACAGGGAUGCAUUAAAUUAAUUAAGAACGACAGUAAGUACAUUUAUAAUGUUACAAAAGAUUUCUAUUUCAAAUAAAUACUGUAGAACAUUCAAUUCAUCAAGGAAUCCUGUUACUGUGUAAUGGUUUCCACACUUCAUUAAGCACAAUAAUUUUCAACUCUGAUAAUAAUCAGAAAUGUUUCUUGAGCAGCAAAUCAGCAUAUUAGAGUUAAUUCUGAAAGAUCAAAUGACACUGAAGAGGAAAAAUCUAAAUCUGACAUCACAGACCUUAAAGCCUUAAAACAGUAGGCUAAUCAGAAUCAGAGCUUUAUUGCCAAGUGUGUUUACAUACAUGAGGAAUUUGUCUUGGUGACAGGAGCUACCAGUGCAAAGAAACAAAUUAUAAUACAGACAUGCAUAUAAUAGACAUACAUUAAAUUAUAUAUAUAUAUAUAUAUAUAUAUAGUUGUUAAUAAAAUCAUUUUGUUAACAUCAAAUUAGUUGCAUAUUCUAUUCCAUAAAAUGCCGUGAAGUAGGCGUAUUUUUUUUUUUUUUUUUUUCAUUUACAGUGUACCAAAUAUAGGCUACUUUAUACACUUUUGUCCAUACAAUUUUGUUUAAUCCAAAAUUUUGCUUAUGUAUUAAAGGAACACUUUCAUCCAUGUGUGUGGUCUUGGAUUCCUGUUCAUUUUGUAAAUAUAAGCAGACAGUUUUAAAGCAUUGCAAGCUAAGCUGCAGCACAACAAACUGAAAUCAAUACAACUAGCUGAGGUUUGCGGUGAUUUAUCGUAACAUUACACAAAGAAUGCUUGCUAUCAUACAGUCAGGGACGACUGCACAAAACGUGCAAUUAAUAAAAACAUUAUAAACUGUUACAAAAUGAUGAACAAAUAGGCAUACGUUUGCACAACGCUGAAAAUAUUUUAAAAUAUUCCAUUAAACCUGCUGAGAUACAAGGAGCGUAAACUGAAAUUGUCAGUUCCACGCGCAUGUCCGGGAAACUCGUUAAUAUUCAUGUAUGCUCCGCCCACUGAAACAGAGAAUCUCGGAAACCGAAAAUCUCGUAACACCGGCGGGAGAUUGAUGGAGUAGACGGAGAGACACACACAUAUUAGAGAGAGAGAUAUUAUUGCUAGUUUUUGGAAGAGUUUGAGUAGAUUUUGAGAAUAGUUUAGGAGUAGUUCAGGUAGUUUUUGGUGGAAGAAAAAUGAAGCGAAUGUUUUUGGUUGAACAAGCCCUAGACUUGUUCUAUCAACUGGACGAUGUUGUUUACAGUUCAUCGUCAGAAUCAGAAAGUGGCGAUGAUGAGAUUGACGACUCGACUUUUGUGGUUCACGACGAGAGAGAUGAUGAGCAGCCUGGGCCAUCUACCACUCCAACAACAAGCAGACAGAGGCCUACACAGAGAGGGGGUGGAAGGAAGAGUCAAACCAGAUUAAGAUCUCCAGCAAAGUCAGGAGAGCCACACCACAGCUCUGAGCCCUGGAAAACUGAGAGUGAUCCUGAUAUUGCCCCACAAACCAGUAGGUUCAUGCCCCGCAGAACACCAGGAGCCCAGGUGAAUAUGCAUUCAGUACACUCACCAAUGGACCUGUUCCAGCUGUACUUUUCCACGGAUACUAUGAGGACACUCUGCAAAAACACCAACAAGCAGGCAGCAAAAAAACAGGAAAUGGGGAAUAAGUACAAAUGGACUGAUGUUGAAGUUGAGGAACUAUACAAAUACCUAGGUCUCCUCAUAUACACAUCGUUUGUGUCACUGCCAAGUAUCCAGGACUACUGGAAAAAAACACUUCAUGUCUGUGCCGUUUCCAGCCACUGUCAUGACAAGAGACAGAUUCAGGGCGUUAUCGUGGAACAUCCACCUCAGUGAUCCAGAGGAGGAUGUCAGAAAUGACCAGAAGAAGGGAACACCACAGCAUGACAAGCUGUUCAGAAUCCAACCUCUGAUGGAUGACAUUCGGAAUGCCUGCCAGGCUCAUUACCACCCAAGGAAGGAACUGGCAGUCGAUGAGAGAAUGGUGGCAACCAAAGCAAAAACUGGCAUGACCCAAUAUAUGAAGGAAAAACCAACAAAAUGGGGGAUCAAGCUGUUUGUGUUGGCAGAGUCAAGUAAUGGCUACACACUGAACUUCAACCUGUAUGUGGGCAAAUCACACAUACCAAGCGUACAUGGACUGUCGUAUGAUGCUGUCAUGGACCUUAUUCAGCCAUCACAUCUUGGGACAGGAUACCAUAUUUAUAUGGACAAUUUCUACACAAGCCCCAAACUGUUCCUUGGUUUGGCUAACAUUAACUUUGGAGCCUGUGGUACCUACAGGGACAACAGGAAAGGGUGUCCUAGUAGCAGAGCAAAUGCCCUCAACAAAAAAUCCAAGAGAGGCAGCGUAAGAUGGAUCAGAGAGGGCCCCAUUGUCUUUGUGAAGUGGAUGGACACACGGGAGGUGUCGAUGUGCUCCACAAUCCAUCCAGCAUUUUCUGGUGAGACUGUCCAGAGGAGAGUGAAGGAUGGAGUUGGACACUGGGCAGUAAAAGACAUUCCCUGCCCUACCCCCAUCAUUGCCUACAACAAGAACAUGGGAGGGGUUGACCUGUCAGACCAGCUUCUCCAGUAUUACUCGACCCAUCGCAGAACUGCUUGCUGGUACCGUACCAUGUUUCUGCACUUUGUGGACAUAGCUACAACAAAUGCCUACAUCCUACACCGUGAGAUAAGCCACACAAAACAGGUUCAGCACAUGACACACAAGAACUUCCUGGUAGAACUGGUGUCCCAGCUGUGUGGAGUGGACAAGGCAGGAGCUGUCAUCCAGAGGAGCACCGACCAUGUUCCUGUUGCCAUUGACGUGGCUACAGAUGUCAAAAAGAAAGCCACACAAGGCCGCAGGAUCUGCCAUCGUUGCCAGCAAGUGGAGAAGAAAAGGAACCUCACACCAUGGAAAUGCAAGGCCUGUGAUGUAGCCCUCUGUCUCAUUGUUGACAGAAACUGUUUUGAGGAGUGGCACAGAUAAAAAAAAAAACAACACACUUUUUGUUGAUAUUUGUUGUAAAUAGUUGUAUGUAUAGUUUUGUAUGGUAUAUUUGCACUUUUUAGGAACCCCUCUUACUCAAGGAGUGAAAGCCCUGUAAUGUAGCUGUCUGUGUAAUUGUACAUGAAGUGUUUUGUAGAGUUUAUAAGCAAAAAAGAAAAGAAAAAACGCCUAUUGCCACACCUGUUUUUUGCUGUAUAUAGUUAGAUUUUAUCUCAAUUUUACCUUUUUUAUGUUGUAUUUGCACUAUUUGGGAACCCUAAUAUUCUGGGAAUGCAAGGCCUUAAAUAUAGCUCUCUGUAUAAUUUUGUGCAUGAACUGUUUUAAAAAGUGGCAAAGCUAAAAAGAAAAAAAAAAAAGCCUAUGGUUACACCCGCGUUUUUUUUAAAUCAUAUUUUUUUAAUUUUGAAUAUAUAUCUGAAUUGUACCUGUAUAUGUUGACACUUACAACUUGUGUUUACAUUUUAAACCUUUUAAAAUGCUUCAUUGAGCAUGUUUGUGUUUUUUGUAGUAAAAAAACUAUAAUUUUUCUAUUCGGAUUUUGUAUUUUUUGUGUGAUUUUGGGUCCAGUAUCUUGAUACAGUACAUCAAAGUGAAAAACUAAUUGUCUGUUCAUAUAGGUGAUGUUGUGCUGAAAAAAAUGAUACCAAACAUUGGUAUGGUAUAAAUUUGUUUAUGUCGCAAAAUAAAAAAAUAAAAAAGUACUCAAAAACGGCCAAAAUAGCCCAAGACUCCAAAGAGUUAAAUCUAAAAAUUAACAGUUUCAUAAAAAACACUGUUUUUGUCUAUCCAAAAUGUGUUUUGGACAUUUACGGAACUUACGGAAAUCUAGUUGUUAAACCAUGGCAUUACAUAUAAAUAAUAUUUUAGUGGCCAGCAAACACCUUUUUUUUUAAAGUGCAAGCUAAAAACGUUUUCAGUAUUUGAACCUUAAAAUCUAUACUAUAUAAUAUAAUCAUGUUAUAAAAACAUUAAUGCAGUCUCUUUAUCA